GAAACAGACCUAAAUAAUAAUUUUGAAAUACGAGAAAAAAUGGAAUUCGAGCGGCGAAGAAGAGUUAGUGCACCAGCCAAACCGUACGGAGGUUCAGAAAAGCUGGAAAACAAAUUGAAACAUGGGUUUUAUGGAGGCGGAAAAAAGCUAUCACAGUCAGCUUUGUUAAUCUCGCCAUCAUGGCAGAGUUUUGAUAGAGAGGAUGUCGGCGGUGACCCGCUUGACACGAGUUGGGACUACAUUGAAGAAAUGAUGAAGGACAACAAAAAAGCAGAGACAAUUAAGCUUUUGAAAACACAACAAGUCAGAGGUUCCGUUAAAGCACUCAGUCCAAGAACUACAGCAGAAACGACGACAACUUUGAAGCAACUAAAAAAGGAGAUUUCCAGGAAGUUUUCUCGCGCACGUUCAGACUCAAAAUACUCGUUGAUACCUUGGAUGGAUUGUAGUGACUGGGAGGAGUCUUCGGGAGAUUUCAUUCCGGUUGAAUUCAAUCUAGGCUUCUUGGAUGACUAUAUGUAAGGGUAACAUGAAAAUUAAUUAUAAACUCGUUGCUGUUGUUUAUGAUUCAAAAUGCCCAUGAAGGACUGCAGCCAGAUCGGUGUAGAGUCCUUCUUGGCCAUGACGAGGUCGUGCUCCAGUUUUUUUUAAGGCAGGACAUAUUAUACUUUUCGUGCGCGCCGAUUGCCCAGUUCUCAGGAAUACAUUGGUAAGCAAUAUUCACUUCCGAGGAACCGCACAGACAGAAUUGCGCGUCAAGAAUUUAAUUUGCGACAAUUUUUCGGUAUGUUGACAGAAAUAAUCCAAUUCUGUGGUUUCUGUCUGCUGGACCCUCCCAAGCAGUUAAUAAGUACAUGAUUCCACUGCCAGCGUUCAGGUCCUUUUUAAAAAUUGAAUUUAUAUUUAAUGAGUAACAUUUAAUAAGGUACUGAGCUGGGUAGUUACAUUUAAUUCAGACACGUUUAAUUCAGACACAUUUCGCAGAGAACAAAAUAGUAUUAUUAGUUACACUGUAACACUUUUGCAGCAUGUGACGAAAUCACGCGACUCUUGCUUCGUCCAUUAUGAAUCAUUUUUACUCGUGUCACGUGACAAGCGAAUAGAGUUGUUUUCAUAGCAAAAAUUUGUUUACGGCAAGGUUUUCAGUAUGCUAAUUUUUCAGUGUUUGGUACACUUAUUUGGUCGACUUGAGUUGUCAUGUUAGAUUCACGCUGCAUUGCAAUUCCAAAACAUAAGAGUUCCCUGAGUCACAAAAUUUCGAAAAGCCGCAAAGAGGAUAUCAAGAUUAUUUACUGUUUUAGUACAGAUUAUUUGUAACUUAGCGCUCAUAUGAAGUGACUUAAAGGUUUGAGAGAAGGCAAAAAUGAAAUGUCAUUUUAACAUUACACCCGCACCACUGGGGGUUAAAUGGGAAUGAAAAACCUGUCAGACUAGUUUGGAGGGGUACUUUAAAAUAUUGCUGAUGUUUUCAUGCUUUUGUAUUUGUUUGUGUACAAUAUCUGAAAUAGAAAAUGAACACAAUGAUCCUCGAUCGAGAGUCAUCGGCUUUGAGUUUUAUGAUGUUAAUGUUAUUUAAACUGCAUUAUUGAUUAAUUCAAUAAAAGUCUAGUAAAUAAUUCCUAAAGCGCUUGUUGAUUAAUAUUUGCAUCAUAAACUUUCAGAGAAUUGAAUCAAUCGAUAUUCGAUUUACCGCCCACUUAAGUCAGAUAGCUUUCAUCGAAAACUUUGGUCGCGUGGCAAGCACUCUUGGGGGAGGGCAGGGGUUGAUAGUCUUCAGGCGUAUGAUGAACAACCAACGACUCACGCGACUACACGUAUAGCGUGAGUCAUCCUCGACGAACACACGUAUCUAAUCGCAUCUUUUUUUUCCACCUCUACCGCGCGUCUUUUAAAACAAACGGGCUUUUUGAAAAGAAAGUUACAUAACUGCUCAUACUGAUAAGUUAUUCUGCAUUAAAAAUUAUCUUAUUUGCAAUAAGUGUCAUUAAUAUAUAGUCGCUACACACUCCGGUAAGAAUGACGAAAGCGUGAUUCGCAAAAAAAAAAAAAUUGAAACCAGCGAAAUUUUAAGAAGACGAAAAUUUUCCAUCUUAUCAUAUCAUUGUCAACAUUUAGUGUAUGACGGAAGAGAUUAUGUUCUUUACGGAACGAAAAAAAGACAGCGGGAUGAAUUUUGAUAUUUAUCUGAGCACUAUCAGUCGAAAGGAUCGAUCACGCGACACCCGGUCAGGUGGACGAUAUUUGGCGUAUGAGGGGCCUAAACAGAUCAUUAAAUGCCGUAAUUACAUGAAAACAUUGAUAUUUUAGGCACGAGAAAAACAAACGUAUCAUUAAUCAAACUACAAAGUUCAUACAUAUCGUUAAAAUACGACAGUUUCCUCAACUAUCUCCAAUCGGGUGGUCCGUUUAGCUAAGACGGUUUCGUGGUUAGAAAUAUUCCAUUUGGGUUUUUUCUUUUUUCAAGUAUUCCUUGAGAUGAGGCCCGAAAAAGGUUCAGAGAGGAUGCGCAAAAAUGGGGGGAGUUUUGAAGUACUCAUGAAAGAAGCGUUUAGUGAAAUUUCAGAAAAUCUAAAGGAAAUCGAAGAGGAAGGUGUGAAGCAAAAGCAGAAAGUUGAUAUUCAGCGAAGGAGAAGAAUCAGUGCACCGGUCACAUCGUUUGGAAGACUAGACGCUUCGGAAAAAGAUGUGGAACUCAUUUUCCCUAAACGGAAGAACACUCAACCAUCUUUGGUCAUCGCUUGGCCCGAGUUGCAAAGCGUGGAAGAAGAAAGCGAGGAGGGUGAAGACAAUGAAGUUUUAAAAGAAGAAAUAAUCGCGGAAAUUUAUAAAAAGGAGCAAAACCUGAAUGAAAAUCUCCCAAGAAGACGCCGGGUCAGCGCUCCAGCCAAAACAUUCACAGAAACCGCAGACAUGUCAACUUUUAAGCAACUCAGGAAAGACAUUGGAAGAAGAUUGUCAAGGACGAGAUCUGAUCCAAUUUUUUCGACCCUGCCCUGGUUGGACUGGAUUGAUGAAGAACCGGAGCCGGAUUUUGAACCAGUUGAGUUUAAUUUAGACUUCCUUGAGGAGUUGAUCAAGGGGUAA